AUGACAUGCUUGCCCCAGCCUCAAGUCGGCCAGAUCCUGCUGGAGAAACUUGCCAGUGUUAACGCACCUUCUGUUAGAUUUAGAGUCAAAGUUAUCGGGCCUGGGCAAGAUGAGACUCAGGCCUGGGUAGACGUGACGAAAGAAGGCAGCGAUAAGGUAGAGCGCUACCACGCCAGCUUUGUCAUUGGCUGCGACGGAGGGGGUAGCGCAGUGAGGAAGAGUCUUUAUGGGGACGACUUCCCGGGUUUCACCUGGAAACAGAAGCUUGUGGCAACCAACGUUAGGUACGACAUGGCUGGGUUUGAUUACGAUGAUAUCAACGCCGUGCUUCACGAAGAACACCCCCACAACUUUGUGCGCAUUUCCAAGGAGCCUGGGUUGUACCGCGUGACUUACGCGGAAAGAGAUGAUUUCACCCCUGAACAGCUCCGGGCCAGGCUCGAAUGGAAGUAUGAAAACAUGCUCCCGAACAACCCCAAACCCGACGCAUGGGUGCUCGAGAAUUUCAGCCCGUGCAAAGUCCACCAGAGAAUUGUGGAUAAGCUGAGGGUUGGAGAGAUCAUCUUGGUUGGAGACGCCGGGCAUUUGACAAAUUUAAUGAACUUCACAGGCACAUACGAGGCGGAUGUGGAUGAAAUGGUUGAGAUGUGGAAGGCGAUGGACCCGAACGUGAUGGGGGAGAGCUUCUGGACUAUGAAUCUUUUAACGGACCUGAGACAGUACUAUACUAACCCUGAUGCUGCCAUUGCUAAGAAAGCCGGGGAGCAGUAUUAA